AUGUCCGGAUCCUGCUGCGGCUCCACCUGCUCCUCCUCAGGCUGUGGAAGAGGCUGCUGCCAGCCUUGCUGCCAGCCCUGCUGCUGCCGCGACCCCUGCUGCUGCCGCCCUGUGUCCUGCCAGACCACCGUGUGCCGCCCCGUGACCUGCACCUGCCGCUGCACGCGCCCCAUCUGUGAGCCCUGCCGCCGCCCCGUCUGCUGUGACCCCUGCGGUGUGCAGGAAGGCUGCUGCCGCCCCAUCAGCUGCUGCCCCACGUCCUGCACGGCCGUGGUCUGCCGCCCCUGCUGCUGGGCCUCCACCUGCUGCCAGCCCAUCUCUGUGCAGGCGCCCUGCUGCCGCCCCCCCUGCUGCCAGCCUGCCCCCUGCCGCACCACCUGUAGGACCUCCCCUUGCUGCUGAGCAGUGCAUCAAUUACUGAUGGUCCCCAGUAGAAGAUGGGGUCCAUCCAUCCUGUUCUUCAUGACAGAAUAGCACGCCUUUUCUGAGAAGUCCGUUUUGCAUCUCUUCACCCUAGCUUGGAGUAGGCGCUGAACCCCUUUUUCAGUCUGACUACUCAUGAAGAGUACCCUGUCCUCCCAGGAACCCUGUCUAACUCCUCAAUCAUGUCAUCUGUUUCCUAAUAAACUUAGUA